AAAUAUAUCUAUGCUAUGAUUUACCUAGAUACUUUUGUUAUUUUCUGCAUGGGUUACGCUCUAAGAAGAUUAAUGAUCUUCGAUCCCAAUUAAUGCCUAAUGGCCAAGUUCAAAUGGGAAUGUAUGAUGCAAGUGCACCUGAGCAUCGUCAGUCCUCUACGUGUGCUCGAAAGGAAAUCAUGGAACAAAGGAUUGCUAUUCUUAUAAUAGUUGCCUUCCUAGUCUGCAGUGUAAGAGGAGCAGUAUCAAAUGUUCGAAUUUGAUUAUAAUACAAGCCAAAAUUUCCCCAGGAAGCUACAUUUGCCAAGAUGACGAAUGCUGUGUGCAAGUCCUAUAACCAAUCGUGGGUGGUUAUUCACUACUGCCGCCUGAAGGCCUAUUCCCGAACCAAGACCAGCCUGAACGUAAAUGCCACUUUCGUAGAGCCAGCCAAAAAGAUAUCGCUUCAUUUAAAGUUAAUGAAGAAGGCCAAUGGGUAUAAGCCCUUUUUGGUUGACUACACCUUCGACGCCUGCGAGUUCAUGAAAAGGCACAACCAUCCCGUCACCAAAAUCGUGUGGAACAUCAUCAGGAACGUAUCCACGGUCAACCACACCUGUCCCUAUGAGGGCUUGCAGGUGGUAAGCGACUUCCAUAACAUCGAAGUUCCUGUUCCACUUCCGUCUGGAGAGUACCUAAUCCUAUUCGAUUGGUUAUUCGACUUAAGGCCGCAGUUUGCUACGAAUGUGUAUUUCACCUAUUCGGAGGAAUAUUAA